AUGAAGAAGCAAAAAUACUAUUGGUUCACCAAUAAACUUCUAAAACACGGAAGCAUUGUCUACGAUUGGAUCACUGUGAAGGUUGGCAGCGGGAGAGAAGUUAGAUUUUGGACAGAUAAUUGGUCCCCUGUUGGGAACAUUCAGAACUUUUUGGCCCCUGUCUCUGCAAACCAGAUGGGCAUCCCCUCAACUGCAACGCUUCAUGACUUGUUCAUCAGGGAUCGGUGGAAUAUAAGACCAGCCCGCUCUGUUAGACAAGUUCAGAUGGUUAGAAAGAACAAGCAGAAGAAAACCCCCCACUACAGUCAGAUGUUCUGUGGUGAUCCUGCUGCUGGAUCAUCAUCUUCAGCUCCCGGUUCCUCCAUUCCGGAGAUUGUCCCGGAGUCUCAGUCACAGCCACCACCGGUUCCUCCAUCUGGUGCACCACCCCCACCUGCUGCACCUCAGGCGGUUCCAGAUCCGGUUGCACCCGGAUACAUUCAUCCGGAGUUGCGGGUGCCGCCGACCGCUCCUUUUGCUCGGUACACGGUUGAGGAUCUUCUCGCUCAACCAGGCCGAGCCGGUUUACCGGUUUUAGACCCCGACCGACCAGAGGGGACUCGGUGGUUUGGGGUCGACAAUUCUGUCGCUACGAGCGUAUCCGAUAUCAUCAAAGGAUACUUCUCAGAGGCUCACCCAAACUGGAAAAAGACGCCGCACCACGUUAGAAACACGUGGUUCAAGAUAUACCAUUGGUCCAUCGGGGUUCAUGAGGACGUGAAACGGGAGUUCACCGCAAAGGCGAAGAAGCGGUUGUUGGACACCGUAGGCAACUGGAAGGAGGACUGGAUCUACAAGGGUUACAAGGACGGGCAACCCGCUGAGCUGACCAAGGAUGUCUACGAUGGUCUCAUCCGUUACUGGGAGCUGCCAUCAUCCAUUGCGAUCUCCAACUCCUGCUCCGCCUCUCGUAACACCAAAGACGAGCACGGCAACGGCCCGAUGCUUCACUGUACGGGUCAAAAACCCCAUGCCCGUGUCCGCUUGGAAAUGGCCAAAGAGACGGGACAACUCCCGUCUCUUAAAGAGCUUUACGAGAGGACCCACAAGACCAAGGCGGGGGUAUUUGUGGAUCCGAGGUCCGAGCAAAUCUACAACGAUGUCGUUGCUCGGAUUGAAGACCGCCAAACCCAGCUGACCCAGCAAUCUCCCGAUGGAAUACCGGUCGUAUUAUCCACUCAAGAAGUGGAUCAGAUUUACGAGGAGGUCGUCCCUAAGAAAAAGGGACGUACGUUGGGAAUCGGUUCCGUCAACGAUGUCCCAAGAGCGACAUCGUCUUAUGGUCAGAGACGAGCCGACGAAGUCACUGAGCUGCGUUCGGAGUUACACUCGACGCGGACUCAGUUGGCGUCGACGCAGACGGAGUUGGAGUCUACGCGCCAAUCAUUCCAAGCUCGUAUGGGUGGAGUGGAGGGAUUUCUGGAAGUUAUAUCUUCUGGAAAUCCCCAAUGGGAGGAGUUGUUGGCGGAUAUGCGACGACGGAACCCGGUUCCCGAGCCUUCUCGUACUCAGCAGCAAGAGGAGGAACUACAGAGGAGGAGUGAAGACCUCUACCGGGAAACGAUCCACCGCCCCGGCCCGACUUAGUU